AUGUCGGGCAGCACAGCUAAAGACUUCAUAGGGCAGCUGCUGCUGGAGUCGAAAUCUUCAUUGCUGCUGAUACGCUACGACUAUUGCCCAGAGGACUGGCUGCAGGAGCUCAUUGCGACGCCUCAGCUGCCUGUAGUGCUGCAAUCGUUGCACAGUGCCACGCCUCCAAGCAAACAUUUCUCGAAGCUGAUGCAGUUAAUCUGCUUGCCAAGCGAGGAUUAUGGGCUGCUACCCAAGUUACUAGCGAAUAUACGUGGACCCAAAAGCAUCUUUUAUAUAGCAGCUCCUUCGGUCAACAGCUCGUCUAAGCAGGUGCUUUACUCCUUGCUGAGGGAAUGCUAUAGACAGAAAAUAUUGAAUGUUGUGGCUUUGCUGGCUGAGAAUGCAGGUCGAGUCUAUUAUCGCUAUCGUCCAUAUCCUCGCUUUGAGCUGGAGCAACGUUCGCUGGAGCAGCGUCCCUUCUUUGUGAGCCACUUGAGGAAUAUGCAUGGCCAGCCGCUGAUCGUGCUGCCCGAUCAGAAGCAUCCACGCACCAUCGUCUAUACGGACUGGCGGACUGGGAAGCAAGUGCUGGCCGGCUCGGUGGGUCGCUUUGUGCGCACCUUGGCCUGGAAGCUAAAUGCAACCAUCCAGUUUCCCAUAGAGAUCAAGCCGGGCGCGGUUAUGCAUUUUACUGAGCUGCAGUCGCUAAUCGACAAGUUCCAAGUCGACAUGGCAGCGACUGUGGUGCAGCUCAUACGGCCAGAGCAGCUGCCACUCAGCAGCUUCCCCUUUGAGCUGAGCCACAUCUGCAUGAUGAUUCCACUGGCUCAGCAGCUGCCCAUUAAGGAUAUCUACCUCGUCUUGGCCAAUGCGCAACAUAUACUCAUCGGAUUGGCUAUAGUAUAUAGUUUUGGCCUUCUGCUCAGCCUGCACUGGUGGCUGACUGGACAAGCUGCUAGCUUGGUGGAUUUCCUGCUGAACGAUGUGGCGUUGCGUGGUCUGCUCGGCCAAUCCUUUGGCCGCUUCCCGCAUACUAGCAUAAAUGCCAGAUGGAUUUAUUUGCUGUUGGCUGUGCUGGGACUCAACUUGAGCUCGAUACAUGAGGCAGCGCUUGGCACUGUUCUAACCCAUCCGCCCAAAUACUUUCAGCCACGCAGCUUUGCCGAUGUCCAACGAGCGCACCUGCCGCUGGUCAUCGACGCCGGGGACUUGGAUAGUGACUACGACUUAGGUGCAACGCAGCUGCGCGUGCUGGCCUGGAACAGCAGCGACUUCAAUAGCCACAGAGACAAAAUGAACAUGAGCUACGUCUACUUCGCCUCUCGGCUCAAAUGGACGCUGCUGAGCGAGCAGCAAAAGUAUUUUCCACGCGAGGUGUUCCUUUACUCGAUGAACGCCUGCGUUAGGACACUCACGUACAUGGUCUUUCAGCUGCCUACUAACACCUGGUUCCUGGAGCCCCUGACCCGAUUGAUUAUGGAUGUGCGUGAUUUCGGCAUAUUUCAGCAUUGGGUCGAUCUGCAUUUCUAUGACAUGGCUGCGGCGGGCUUGUUAUCCUUCAGUGAUCCCAUUCAGCGCGAGCCACAACGCCUGAAGGAUGCGCUUCGCUUGGACGAUCUGCAAUGGAUCUGGGUCGCGUAUGGAGCACUUCUGCUGCUGGCUACAAUUGUAUUGGCCCUGGAAGUUCUUGCCAAGAGAGUGCAACAACUGCUGGGCACGUCUUGA